GGUCUUGAUUCUGAUCUCUUGAGUUUUAUGCAUGAGGUGACUGUCUCGAGUAAGUGGUUGAGUCAAGUCUAUGUUGGUUGAUGAACAGAAGGGAGACUCCUCCUUUACUCGAUCUUGCUGCACUCGAAUGUCUUCUGUGGUGGUUGUCCAGGUUGCUAUUGAAGUUGUUUAUGUGUUGAUGUUUGAAAGCCAGUAUGAUUCACGUGUUUUGUGCCUAUAUGAUUUGUCCCCAAUGUUGGUAUGAUUGAAGUAUGUGAGCUUACCUUGUGUCUGACUUUGUUUGCUUGGGGACAAGCAAACGGUUAAGUGUGGGGAAGUUUGAUAGACCGUUAAUUGCACAUGUUUUUACCCCCAUUCUGGAGCCGUUUGAGAUGUUGAUUCUCGUUUUUUAGGCCGAUUUCACGCUAGGUUGUUUUUGUUUGUGAUAUUUCCGGUCCUAGUACGUGAAUGAAGGUUUGGGAGCGAGUUUGGGGUCGAUUGGACGAAGAUCGGACGUGUAGCGAGUCGCUGAGGAAGCCACACCGGGCACUCCUAAAACCCAACGGCCGUGUAAGGAACCAAUGUGGCCGUGUGGGAUUUAGUGAGGCUUCACACGGGCAUGCUGAAGAUUCCAUACGGCCGUGUGUCCCUGGCCGUGUAGGUAGCCUGAAGUCCAUUUAUUUGAAAUGCCGCAUUUUGGAACUCACACGGGCAGCUGGGUGAGCCACACGGCUGGGUGAGCCACACGGCCGUGUGGCCUGCCCGUGUGUGUCGGGAAUUCUGGUUUUAACCCAAUUUCGAGCCACAAGUGAGGGGAUCGACUUUUCAGAGCAAAAAGAGAGCCCUAGAGAGAGAAAGUGCGAAGAACACACCCUAGAAGCAAUCUUGGAGCUGGGUUUCAUCAAAUCGAGCUUGGAGAUCAUCAUAGGAGUGAAAAUCAUCAUCCCAGAGCAUAUUCUUCCCAUUUUAUGAGUAUGACUGCUUUGUAUUUUGUUUCUCUCUCUCUCUCUCUCUCUAUGGAGUAGACCCUUCUCUCACUUGGGUAUGAAGAACCCUAGUUCCAUGUGUUAGGGAUCAUGAUUGUAAUGACUUGGGAUUGCUAUACUGUUUGGUUUUAAUCGAAUGAUGCAUGUUUCAUUGAAUAAAUUGAAUUCUGAUCAGCUUUUCUUGAUUUCUGCUGCAACCUGAGAUAGAUAGAAUCUUAUUAGGUUGUGAGAGCUUCUUCAUUCGAUAGUAGUGGAUUGGCUAUACGAGAGUUAGUCAGUCUACUGCUUUGUACUUGAAUCCAAUUCCAGUAGUGGAGUUCUGUGCUUAUUGCUUCAGCUUUCCAUCCCGGUGAAGACUAGUCGUCUGCCGGGUAGUUAGACUGAGAGGGCUUGGUCAGCUUAAGAGAUUCCAAGCUACUGUCGGAUCUUCCGCAGUUUAAUCAACAGUAAAUCAACCCACGAUAAUUACAACUGAGACCUAACUAAGGAGCUAGGGGGACUCAUUCCCGAGUGACUCUUCCUUUGCUUCAGAAAACCGAACCAAUUUCUGCUUUCUUACUGCUUUUAGUUAAAACAACAAUCAAUCGACUUAGUUGGCUAGAUAAUAGAUAAUCACGGAGUAGGCAGUAGAUCUAGACCCCGGGUUAUUAAUUAGAACUUGCCACUAUUUUGCAUUUCCGGAGUGCAAUUACACUUGGUCGCAGUUUGGUGUUAUGUCGUAGCGUGUCAAAAAGACUUUAGAAAUCAAAGUGAAACAAAGAAGAUAAAAGUCAAUUAAAAACGUAGGAAAAAUAAAAAUCUAUUAAUAUCACUGAUUAGAUCUAGCCCCACUAAAAUCAAGAGCCCAUGACUACUUAUCCAUGGUUUGUAGAUUGCACCCUAUCUAGGACCAGACACAUAGGUUUUAAAACAUAACCCGACCGCAAACCGAGUUUUCUAUAUUCUGAUUGGCCUAUAACCCGAUUGGCCCUAAAUCGAUUAAGGUCAUAACCCGACUACCCAUGUCCCGAAUAACCCGAAUCCAAUUGACCCAUAACUGGAUUGAACCCGUAAUCCGACUAACCAGAACCCUAUUGACUCGUAAUCCGACUGCUCCACAAACUAUAAAAUAAAGUUCAUAUGCUAUUUCAAUUAAUUGAUUAGCAUUGUUAAAAAAGGAUUAAUAUACAAUUAUCUAAUACUCUCUAGUAGUUUUGCAACAUGUUUCCUCAACCAUCAAAUUAUUGACACUCCAGACUUUAAUUUAUGAUAUUAGCUAGUGUAUGCUAAUGUUAGGACCUUUUGAAUCCAAAAUAAUUUAUGACCUACUUUUCAUAUUGUUUUUCUAAAGUUUGAAAAUAAUUUUUUUUUUUACUCUUUGUAGACCAAUAUUUGUUAGCUACCUCCAAAGUUUCUUAGAAUAUAUACUGCAUAUCACUGAUUAGAUCUAGUCCCACUAAAAUCAAGAGAUCAUG